GUUGCCUCCGACCACACAUAUCGCGAAUCCGCACCGUUCGCUCGUUUUCUUGACGAAUUUCCUCAAAAGAAAAACCGACGCGUCGCUUGUAGGAAGACCGCAAAAAUUCGUUACCAUGCACCGGAAUUGUUAGUAUGAUGAAGUUUGUGGUGUCCAAAUGUGCGACCAAAUAUACAAAGUGUUUCCUUAAAAACAGCCAAUAUGGGUCAGAUUGUUUUGAUAGGGUUCAUGUGUUGGAAACAUAAAUUAAAGUUGAUACUAUGUCUGCUAUGAAAAAAGGAUCGUCCAAACGAUUCGAAGACCCCAUGGAUGAUGAUUCUGACGACAAGGACUCAAAACGAAAAUCUAGAAAUUUAAGCGAGAAAAAACGAAGAGACCAAUUUAAUAUGCUCGUUAACGAAUUGAGCUCAAUGGUGUCUACCGGUAGUAGAAAAAUGGACAAAUCAACUGUACUUAAGUCAACUAUUUCGUUUUUAAAAAAUCAUAAUGAAGUUACUGUGAGAUCUCGAGUAAAUGAAAUUCAAGAAGACUGGAAGCCUACGUUUUUAACCAAUGAAGAAUUCAUCCAUUUAGUGUUAGAAGCCGUCGAUGGUUUUAUAAUCAUAUUUUCUACUUCAGGACAAAUUUAUUACACGUCAGAAAGUGUUGCUUCGCUUCUAGGAUAUUUACCCCGGGACAUACUAAAGAUGACAAUAUAUGAGCUUACAAGUGAAGAAGAGCACUCUAGUCUAUACAAUGUACUUAAUCCGUCCGAAGAAGAAAAACCAGUGGCCUUUUCCUGUCACAUGAAAAGAGGGGGUCCUGGAUCCAAAACUGAUGCAUUAUACGAGUUGGUGCAUUUUAUGGGAUACUUUAGGUCAGACGAAGAUUGCGUUCACGGUGAAAAUCGAUACAGCGGAUACUCCGGCGAAGGGGACACGAGGUUAGUUUUCAUCGGAACAGGUAGAAUGCAAACCCCGCAAUUAAUUAAAGAAAUGCCACUGGUGGAUUCAGCGAAAAAUGAAUUUUCUUCUAGACACAGUCUCGAAUGGAAGUUUCUUUUUUUAGAUCAUCGAGCUCCUCCCAUCAUAGGCUACCUACCUUUUGAACUAUUGGGUACUUCAGGUUAUGAUUACUACCACGUGGACGACUUGGAAAAGGUAGUAUUGUGUCACGAGUCUCUCAUGCAAAAGGGUGAAGGUACUUCGUGCUACUACAGGUUUUUAACGAAGAGCCAGCAAUGGAUUUGGCUGCAAACAAGGUUCUACAUCACCUAUCAUCAGUGGAACUCCAAACCUGAAUUUAUUGUUUGCACCCAUAGAGUAGUAAGUUACAUAGACGUUAUGAAGCAAAGUCGUAAAGGCGAAGCUGAUUCUAGCGAAAAUUUCGAUCAACCCGAAGAACCGUCCCCUUCGGCGAUUAUGUCAUGGACAGCAACUAGUCCAAACGCCAGUGUCGCUGGUACGGGUACGGCUAAAAGCGUGGUUCACCAUGGUCCUGCAUCAGAUUGUACUUCGAUGUCUGCAGAUUCACCGGGUUCGAGACAAUCCAUGAGCACUCAUCAAUCCACUACAAAACUAAGAAAUACCUACGGGAAUACCCAACCCGUCAUCAGUCAGUCCAGUCCAGCUCAGGCCACUACGCAACAAGUUCUACCUCAACAGUCCCAACCUCAACAGCAACUGCAGUCUCCUACUCAGCUUCAGCCACAACCCCAUCUGCAUCAGCAUCCCAUGCAGAUGCCCCCACAGCCCCAACCAAUAGCUUCAACGCAAUUCUUGGAUCCUCAACAUUACGUAACGGCAAUUCCUGUCCAGCAGUUGAUUACAAAUUUCCCUUCGCCUGGAGUCCUUUCGCCGACGCCAGUGGAUAAUCUGGUCAUGUCUGCGUCGCCUUCGCAACUGCAGGCAGACCUUCAAAGGAAACACGCAGAACUGCAAGUAAUGAUUGGACAACAGCAACAGGAAUUGAGGAGGGUAUCGGAACAACUCCUUAUGGCCCGGUUAGGGUUAUUGCCUGGUUCUCAGCCACAAGUGCACCCGCCUAUAUCCUAUCAAACAAACAAUCCAGGAAUCGUCAGUAGCACCACAACGACAAUUCAACGAUUACCUCCGAUGCAAGGACCUGCUUCCGUGAUAGUACCCGUUUCGGUUCCGAUAUCGUUGCCUCUUCAGCAUCAACAGACUUUAAUGUACAGUACGCCCGAUUCGAACACUCAAUCGAAGUGACGUCUUUAAAUCAAGUGGUUAAGUUUAAUAGUGUACAAUCCUGAUCAUGGUGGCUUGGACAAAAAGCAUUUUUGAAUGUUUGACCUUAACAAUCUCUUUAUAUUUUAUUGAGAACUUUAAAAUAUAGAUGCUUUAGCUAAUUAGCUUUCUUCAAUGUCUUUAACAGAAUAAUUUAUUAACUUCCAGAUUUUCAGUUACUGAUUUCAUUUGUUAAUCCUAAAAGGAUUUUAAAAUUUUCAAAAGUGUUUCCACUACAAAACCAACUUGGGUUUUAGGCCGAAAAUCCUGAAGGUUAUUUUAUACUUUGGAUGACGAACAAGAAAAUAAAAGUAAGAAAAAUCAAAAAUGCUAUUUGGUCAAAUAUAGCUCCCGAACAUUCUUCUUAUUUAAUUGUACAAAUUUAAAUAAUUAAUGAUAGAAACUAGUUGAAUAUUUUGUACAUACUAGACAAUAACUAUGAAAUGAUGUUUCAUUUUUUGUAGAUUUUUUAUUUAUUUGGGAUUUUGUAAUAUAAAAAGUCCGACGUAGAGCUGAAGCACUCAUAUAGUGCUUUCGAGUUAUUUUUAUAAAGAAAUGCGUAAACAGAAAAGGUUUUUGUUUCUAGAAUAUUAUGCAUAUUUAGAUUCUUAACAAAUUUUAACUAUCAAGAGCAAAAAUAUUUGUCAGGUUGAUUGAUUUUUCUAUAACUGUUGACAAUAAUUUUUUACGAAGACUUGUUAAUCAUAAAACAAAGUCCUAUGAGCCUAGUCUAUUUGAUAGGGGUCAUACAAUGGAUCCGUCUUAGGACGUCUAAGUGUCUGAAGGGCUCACAAAUGUAC